GAUCGCUUAUUGAUUAAUCACAAUACGCUGAUAUUCAAAGUGGAGAGCAUUAAACAUAUUUUCCUGAACAGAGUAGCUUGAAGAAAAAAAUCAACAUGUGCUCAGUUUCUGUAACUCCCGCUUGUGUACCUUUGCCUUUGCCAGACCAACAACUGAAAGACUUGGUGAGGAAAACUAGAGACUGGGCGAUCUUGCAUGGGGCCUCGAUGAGAUCAAGACGCAACUUCAGCGAGGAUUCGAUACAAUUCGCUCCUUUCAAUCUGUUUCCGUCUACUUUCCUCAAGAAAGAUUUUCAGAAGGUGGUGGACGUACAGGCUACUUUCCAAGAGUUGAUACACAAAGUUGCCCAUGAUGGGGAGUUUUUGAGGAAAUGUCUCAAAGAUACCAUCCAAGUAGACGAAUUCACUGGAAAUUUGUUCAAAAUAUAUGAGACGGUGCAAAAAGAAGGAAUAGUGCAGCCUUUGAACCUGGGACUUUUCAGAUGCGAUUACAUGUUAGAAUCUGGCAACGCUAAGAAUCAACCUUACCAUGAGAAUUAUCCAUGUUGUUGUUGGAAACAAGUAGAAUAUAAUACCAUCGCAUCGGGAUUUGGGUGGCUUGGACCUAUUUCUGCUGCAAUUCAGAGGUACGUUGUUUUAGAGCUCUUUUAUGAAAACUACUUGAUUUCCUUACCUGAAAAUAAUGCUCUUGAUGGGUUGUGUGAGGGAAUGUUAGAAGCAUGGAAAGCAUACGGAAAUCCAGAAGCCAUAAUUUUAUUUAUUAUCGAAAAUGUCUCCUAUAAUAUUGCCGACCAGAGAUUCCAUGAAUUCAGACUUAGAGAAUUAAGGCCAGACAUUAAAGUUGUUAGAAAAACUCUGACCGAAAUCAGUGAUAGAGGCAGGAUCAGCGCGACAAAAACACUUACGAUAGAUGAAGAUGAAGUUGCAGUAGUUUACUUCAGAGCAGGGUAUGAACCUAAUCACUAUCCAUCUAAAGCAGAAUGGGACGCCAGACUGUUAAUCGAAAGGUCGAAGGCAAUCAAAUGCCCAACGAUUCAGUAUCACUUGGCUGGCACCAAAAAAGUUCAACAAGAAUUAUCGAAACCAGGAGCUGUUGAAUAUUUUUUAAAGGACACCAAUAAAGUUAACGCAGUGAGAGAACUUUUCGUCGGGCUGUAUGGACUCGAUUUUGAUGAAUCCGGCGAUCAAGCAAUUGAAAUGGCUUUGAGAAAUCCAGAAAGGUAUGUCUUAAAACCACAAAGGGAAGGCGGUGGAAACAACAUUUACGGAACUGAUAUCAAAGAUGCUAUUCUGAACAUGAAAGACAAGAUGGAGAGAACUGCAUGGAUAUUAAUGGAAAGGAUUUUUCCUCCUAUCACUCGUGGAUACUUGAUACGGCCUGGUGGUUCGAAUUUACCUCCGAUUUCGGAAAUGGUGUCAGAGAUGGGAAUAUUCGGAGUUAUUUUUGGGGAUUCAGAGAACAUUUUGGUGAAUAGACAAGUAGGUCACAUGUUACGAACAAAGACGUCUACAGCGAAUGAAGGAGGAGUUGCUGCUGGAGAUGGAGCAUUAGAUAGUCCUUAUUUACUGGAUUGUUGACGUACAAUAAUUUGAAGAGAAUUGAAAAAGGUUUUCAAUAUUGUGAUUUUAAGUGUACAUUCCUUGUUAUUUUAAGGCUAAAAUACUAAUAUUAAUUUUAUUUUAUAAUAUUUUACAUUGAGCGUCGAUCUAAUUGUAAAACAAAUGUUAAUAUAUAUUUUAGUUGAAACAUGCA